CUGCGCUCGCCCAACUGCGCGGAUCCUUUUUGGAAAUUAAUAUUUUUUUAAAAAAAUUUAAAAAACCGCGGAGGACGCAGAGGGGAAGGUGGGGGCAAGAGGGACGGCGAGACUCACUGAGAGGGAAACAGCCCCACAGUGAGAGGAAAGAAGGAAGGCAACAGUCGCUAGCAGCCGAUGUGAAGACCGGACUGCGUGCCCCUUCGCCGCCUCUGCCCGGCCUCAUCGAUGUUGUGUCCGCAGCCCGCUCGCCGGGAUCACGAUGAACGCGCAGCUGACCAUGGAGGCGAUCGGGGAGCUGCACGGGGUGAGCCAUGAGCCGGUGCCUGCCCCAGCCGACUUGCUGGGCGGUAGCCCCCACGCGCGAAGCUCUGUGGCGCACCGUGGCAGCCACCUGCCCCCCGCGCACCCACGCUCCAUGGGCAUGGCGUCCUUGCUGGACGGCGGCGGCGGCAGCGGCGAUUACCACCACCACCAUCGGGCCCCCGAGCACAGCCUGGCCGGCCCCCUGCACCCCACCAUGACCAUGGCCUGCGAGACUCCCCCAGGUAUGAGCAUGCCCACCACCUACACCACCUUAACCCCUCUGCAGCCGCUGCCGCCCAUCUCCACCGUCUCGGACAAGUUCCCCCACCAUCACCACCAUCACCAUCAUCACCACCACCCGCACCACCACCAGCGCCUGGCAGGCAACGUGAGCGGUAGCUUCACGCUCAUGCGGGACGAGCGCGGGCUGGCCUCCAUGAAUAACCUCUAUACCCCCUACCACAAGGACGUGGCCGGCAUGGGUCAGAGCCUCUCGCCCCUCUCUGGGUCUGGUCUGGGUGGCAUCCACAACUCCCAGCAAGGGCUCCCGCACUAUGCCCACCCAGGCGCCGCCAUGCCCACCGACAAGAUGCUCACCCCCAACGGCUUCGAAGCCCACCAUCCGGCCAUGCUCGGCCGUCACGGGGAGCAGCACCUCACGCCCACCUCGGCCGGCAUGGUUCCCAUCAACGGCCUUCCUCCACACCACCCCCACGCCCACCUGAACGCCCAGGGCCACGGGCAACUCUUGGGCACCGCCCGGGAGCCCAACCCUUCGGUAACCGGUGCGCAGGUCAGCAAUGGAAGUAAUUCAGGGCAAAUGGAAGAGAUCAAUACCAAAGAGGUGGCGCAGCGUAUCACCACCGAGCUCAAGCGCUACAGCAUCCCACAGGCCAUCUUCGCGCAGAGGGUGCUCUGCCGCUCCCAAGGGACCCUCUCAGACCUGCUGCGCAACCCCAAACCCUGGAGCAAACUCAAGUCUGGCCGUGAGACCUUUCGGAGAAUGUGGAAGUGGCUGCAGGAGCCGGAGUUCCAGCGCAUGUCUGCGCUCCGCUUAGCAGCAUGCAAAAGGAAAGAGCAAGAACAUGGGAAGGAUAGAGGCAACACCCCCAAAAAGCCCAGGUUGGUCUUCACAGAUGUCCAGCGUCGAACUCUACAUGCAAUAUUCAAGGAAAAUAAACGUCCAUCCAAAGAAUUGCAAAUCACCAUUUCCCAGCAGCUGGGGUUGGAGCUGAGCACCGUCAGCAACUUCUUCAUGAAUGCGAGGAGGAGGAGUCUGGACAAGUGGCAGGACGAGGGCAGCUCCAAUUCAGGCAACUCAUCUUCUUCAUCAAGCACUUGUACCAAAGCAUGAAGGAAUAACCACAAACUGAAACCUCGGUGGAAAAGCUUUAAAU